UCGAACAGAAAGCACAGACAGUUUUUUCAGAUAGGCUGGAUGAGAUUGAAAUAAGAGUGGAGCGGUUUUGAACUUUCUUUUUUGGACUGUUCGGCGACAGCAACGCUUUAUAAGGGACAAGGCUCUGUCCGUUUGCAAGGUUUUUAUUUCGGUUUUUAUGCACAAGGAUAGGUGGCAACGGCUUUUUUUCAUUCACCUUCGGCAAAAGCUAGAAGAAGGAACCGCAUCCUCGAUUUGAGGAAGGCUAACGAUGAAUACUUCCAGCAAUCUCACAGUGAUGGUCAUUCUGAUGGCAGCUGUAAUCCUUAGUCACUUUCAACCGUCACUGUGCCAAAUCCACCACAGAUUCAACUGCUGGAGACCGGGGGGUAAGAAGCGAUCCGACCCAGACAGCUCCGCCACAUCCAGCUUCCCCCCUAAUAGUGGAGAUCACCUGCAACUUAAGUGGUCCUUACAGAGAUACAUUGAUUCCGUUCCAGCUAGUGAACUUAUAAAUCUUCUGAGUCAACUCUUACAGUUUGAGAACAUGCGGCGGACCAAAGUCGCUGUACCUGAAACGGAUGCCGACACCAACAACGAUUGGAUAUCAUCGCCCACGGACGAGAAAGAUGCCAGUAGGACGUGGUCAUAACAAGGUCAUAGCUGUCGUCGUCACCGUUGCUGUCGUUAACUUGUAGUAUACUAACUUGAUAAAUAAGAAAAAGAAAAGAAAAAGAU